AUGUCAGAUGACGACAAAUCUCGUUCGAAGCGGGAAUACCCUGGAGAUGAGAGCAACCCGUUCGUCGCCUUCCGGCGCUACGCUGAUGAACAGGUCUCCACAAUGCUUCAAUCUAUCACAGGGCUGCCUUCAAUGGUAACGCCACCUCACAACAACCGCUGGGAAAUAUUCGCAGACGACCACGGCUACGAAAGCAGGACUUCUCGUCAGAGAACCGGCGAUAACUCAGGAGAAAAGGGCAAUUCGACAGACCGAGACGGCGGAAAUGGUUAUUCGGGAGGAGACGACAACUCACGCAACCCAGACAACACAUCACAUCCCAGGUCACGCUGGUCCGAAAAUGAAGACCCAUGGCACUCACAGUCAUGGAGGAAAUGGUGCAACGGACCCUCCGACUUUUUCGGCUUCGAUUCCUUCUUCGACCGCUUUUGGCUUGAGGAUCGCGUCUUCCCCUUUGCGUCGCAUCUCCUCAACCCCAACCGCAGCUUCUUCCUCCCGGAUAUGUUCGAGGAUACCAAUUCACCGACCUGGCCGAUCGCCUAUAUUAUGUUCAGUCCAUACUCGCCUCUUCACCUAGAGCGCCAAGCACAAUACCGCACGUACCGUGAGAACGGUGUUUUCUCAUCGAUUAUGUCGUCUUUGAGCUUGAACUCCGACCAUGACCCUUUGGAACCGCAGUGGCGGGACGCUUUCGAGGAUUUACUUCGACUUGAAAAUGGAAAGUCGAUGCUUAAUCGCGAUGCGCCUGCGAAAUCGGAGACCGGGAAUAAUUGGCUGCAAGGUUUGGUCAAGCGCGGAAGUCUGGGUGACCGAUGGAAGUAUGUACCAGGCACAGAGGGUCAUCCUUGGUCGGGUAUUACUUUCUCUGGUUGUACGGAGCAGGAUCGGUCUCUAUCCGAGAAAGAGGACAAGCCCGCGGAUCGGAAGAACGAGCAAGAAGCUAAAAGUGAGUUAGACCUCUACGAGCGCUUCUUGCACGACAUGGAAAACCGUGAGCGUGAGUCCUUCCGUGGUGCCUCUGAAAGCCCGCUCCUACGCAUGCUUCUCGAAGAACGACGACAACAGCAGGAAGAGCUUGAAAAAUACAGACGCGGUGUUCCUAAGGUAAAUGAUGAGCACAUCAGUGAUGAAAAUGAGAGCUGGCUAGAGCUUGUCUCUGGCGGAAGUCAAAAAUCCGUUCCUGAAACAUCUUCAAACUCAUCCAUCGAGACUCAAACUGUGAUCGAGAGCAAAACUAUGAACGAGAAAGUUGAAACCGCCUCUGAACCAGCGCAGUCUCGUAUCAUCUCUUCCAUGACCCGCACAGAACGCAUCCGACUCCCCGAUGGUUCGGUUGAAAGCAAGAUUGUUAAAACCAAGCGUUUUGCUGAUGGUCGUGAGGAAACCGACUCGACUGUCGAGGUAUCUCAUUCUCAGCCGGGAGAUUCCAAGUCCGAUGAAUCAAGUCAGUCGAAGAACGGCUGGUUCUGGAAGGACUAA